CUUUUCACCACGCAUCGUACUUUCGGCAGGCCACCACCUCCACUUCGCCUCUACGACUUCGGUUUAAAUCAUUGCAGGAUGGCCUUGUGCAGUUAUGCUCUCCGAUCCUAAAGCAAUCGCUGUCUGAUUCACCAUUAUUAAUCUUCUCCUUCCAACUUUUAUGGCUUCUCAUCCCUUCUCACUCUCUCUUGUCGUCGUCUUCUUCUUCACCGUUCUUCUUAAUGUAGUUUCAAUAGAUGCGGAACUUAUACUAGAAGACGGCUACACUGUAACCACUGUGAUCGACGGUCACCAACUAAAAAUAAAUCCUCACGCUGUCCUCUCUCGACCUGGAUCUUCCGAUCUUAUAAUUCUUGAUUCUUCCAAUAGUGUCUUCUACACCGUAUCAAUCCCCAUUUCUCAGAGUAGUGGGUUCAAGCGCUUAUCCGGAGAUGGGGUUGCCGGGUUAUCCGAUGGGGCACUCGGUUCUGCUCGGUUCAAUAAGCCAAGGAGCUUUACAGUUGAUUUUAAAGGCAAUAUUUAUGUUGCUGAUAGGAUUAACGGCACCAUAAGAAAGAUAAGCAACUCAGGCGUGACUACCAUCGCUGGAGGGUACUCCAAGGGAGUGGGCCAUAAGGAUGGUCCUGCACAAAAUGCUUCAUUCUCUAGUGAUUUUGAGGUGGCUUUUGUUCCUGAAGAAUGUGCUUUGCUGAUUUCAGAUCAUGGGAAUCAAUUGGUUCGCCAGAUUGGUCUUAAACGAGAGGAUUGUUAUAGACACUCUCAAUCUGCACUGAGAGCAGUUUCGUUUUGGGUUUUAGGACUGAUCCUCUCAUGUUUACUUGGGAUCGUCAUUGGGUUUGUGACUCGCCCUUAUAUUACCUCUCAUACAGGAAGGCUCCCGUCCCCUUUAUUCCAGCAAGACAUGGAAAAUCCGCCCAAUCAAGCUGGUGAAGCCAAUACUGAUGCUUUGCUUCGACAUCAGAAGCGCAGUUGCUAACACCAAGCUUUAUGAACUAAUAAGGAGGCUCUUAUGGCUGAGCCUGUCUCAUUUGCAACUUAUGCUUAGGAUCAACACUGUAGGUUUACAAACUUCAAGCAAGGGAAUAGAUUCUCAAACUUUGAGUAAGGGCUUUGUAUCUUUGCUUGAUUCUGAUGUAAAUAGUUUUGAGGUGAAGAAGCCACAACUAUCCGGUGAUGAAUUGAAAGACUUGAUAAGUUUUAGCAGUCCCAUGCAAUUGCCAAAUUCAAAGAAUGACAUCUUCAAGCAAGAAGAACAUGAUCAGUUAAAAAGCGAUGUUUUGUUGGGCAGCCAAAGGAGGAUAGAUACUAUGAUACAAGCAAAUAUAAUAGGAUUUGCCAUGGUGGCUGAAGAAACAACUCCACUGGAUGAGUCGAUGAUAGGGAGUGUGGGCUUAGUCAAGAGGAGAUGAAGUAGCUAGCUAGUGAAUUCUGCAUGUUUAUAUUUCCUUUUUUUGUUUGUUUGUUAAGGACUCGUGCCUAUGUUAACAUGGUUGUCGCCCUGGAUUGAGAAUUUGAGAUAUUAUCCUCAACUGAGAGGUUUAGUUUAUGUGUCUGUUUUCAUUUUUCCUUCAGGUUCCAAUAGCUGCUAAUUAGAAAUAUUAAUGGAUGCAAAAAUUACUUGUUGAAAUGAAA